UAUGUAGGAGAUAUGUCAGGAUUACAUUACAACAGGUAGUGUUAUGUGGGAGAUAUGUCAGGAUUUCAUUACAACAGGUAGUGUUAUGUGGGAGAUAUGUCAGGAUUUCAUUACAACAGGUAGUGUUAUGUGGGAGAUAUGUCAGGAUUUCAUUACAACAGGAAGUGUUAUGUGGGAGAUAUGUCAGGAUUUCAUUACAACAGGUAGUGUUAUGUGGGAGAUAUGUCAGGAUUUCAUUACAACAGGUAGUGUUUUGUGGGAGAUAUGUCAGGAUUUCAUUACAACAGGUAGUGUUUUGUGGGAGAUAUGUCAGGAUUUCAUUACAACAGGUAGUGUUAUGUGGGAGAUAUGUCAGGAUUUCAUUACAACAGGUAGUGUUAUGUGGGAGAUAUGUCAGGAUUUCAUUACAACAGGUAGUGUUAUGUGGGAGAUAUGUCAGGAUUUCAUUACAACAGGUAGUGUUAUGUGGGAGAUAUGUCAGGAUUUCAUUACAACAGGUAGUGUUAUGUGGGAGAUAUGUCAGGAUUUCAUUACAACAGGUAGUGUUAUGUGGGAGAUAUGUCAGGAUUUCAUUACAACAGGUAGUGUUAUGUGGGAGAUAUGUCAGGAUUUCAUUACAACAGGUAGUGUUAUGUGGGAGAUAUGUCAGGAUUUCAUUACAACAGGUAGUGUUAUGUGGGAGAUAUGUCAGGAUUUCAUUACAACAGGUAGUGUUAUGUGGGAGAUAUGUCAGGAUUUCAUUACAACAGGUAGUGUUAUGUGGGAGAUAUGUCAGGAUUUCAUUACAACAGGUAGUGCUAUGUGGGAGAUAUGUCAGGAUUUCAUUACAACAGGUAGUGUUAUGUGGGAGAUAUGUCAGGAUUUCAUUACAACAGGUAGUGUUAUGUGGGAGAUAUGUCAGGAUUUCAUUACAACAGGUAGUGUUAUGUGGGAGAUAUGUCAGGAUUUCAUUACAACAGGUAGUGUUAUGUGGGAGAUAUGUCAGGAUUUCAUUACAACAGGUAGUGUUAUGUGGGAGAUAUGUCAGGAUUUCAUUACAACAGGUAGUGCUAUGUGGGAGAUAUGUCAGGAUUUCAUUACAACAGGUAGUGCUAUGUGGGAGAUAUGUCAGGAUUUCAUUACAACAGGUAGUGUUAUGUGGGAGAUAUGUCAGGAUUUCAUUACAACAGGUAGUGUUAUGUGGGAGAUAUGUCAGGAUUUCAUUACAACAGGUAGUGUUAUGUGGGAGAUAUGUCAGGAUUUCAUUACAACAGGUAGUGCUAUGUGGGAGAUAUGUCAGGAUUUCAUUACAACAGGUAGUGUUAUGAGGGAGAUAUGUCAGGAUUUCAUUACAACAGGUAGUGUUAUGUGGGAGAUAUGUCAGGAUUUCAUUACAACAGGUAGUGCUAUGUGGGAGAUAUGUCAGGAUUUCAUUACAACAUGUAGUGUUAUGUGGGAGAUAUGUCAGGAUUUCAUUACAACAUGUAGUGUUAUGUGGGGGACAUGUCAGGAUUUCAUUAUAACAGGUAGUGUUAUGUGGGGGACAUGUCAGGAUUUCAUUACAACAGGUAGUGUUAUGUGGGAGAUAUGUCAGGAUUUCAUUACAACAGGUAGUGCUAUGUGGGGGACACGUCAGGAUUUCAUUACAACAUGUAAAAAGUAUCAUUCACUUUGAUCCAUUUUUGCCAUUCUUUAAAAUCCUUGUUAUCCUCAUUUCCUGAGGAAAACAGGAAGGAUUUUAUACAACAUUGGGAUGUAUCAAGUACAACAUAGUGGAGUUGGUCCCCAAUUGACAUGACAAGAUGUCCUCAAGUAAUGGCUCGGAGCAGGACGGCAUUCAAGGCCGUGAACAUUUUAAUGGGAAUCAAAGACAUCAACAAUAGAUCGCUCCUCUCUACCCCGCGUUUUAAUGGGCUUACUAAAUUCCUCUGGUAUUUUUAUAGUGUUAAUAAAAUCGUUUUUUAUUGUUUUACAUGUUGAGAAUUUCCACAUUUGGCUGGAAGCCUUUAACUUGACAAUUUUAAAUUAUGUUGUAUUUCCCAAGUCGUUCUGGAUUGGAUUGAAUUAUUGCUUCUAUGUCAUAAUUGUUUAUCUGUCGGAGAAUCAGUGUUGACCUGAUCAGUACAUAACAGUUUGAGUUACUGAUUCUGAGCUCUGUACCUAGGCCCACAGUAGCAUUAGUAGACGUAUUACCGACAGCUUUGUUUCCACUUAAUCGUGAUACUAGUGGCUAAAUCAACAGAUUAAAUUUAAAGAUUACAGAAGUUUUGUUAAACCAUCAUUCUUCUCCAUUUCAUUGAAUGAUGGGAGAUAUUUUAUUGACUUUCAUUUGUAUAAUUUUAUCGGUUUUUAUUUAGAUAUUUGAAUUAGAAUACAUCCGAGAUCCUAAAAUAUAAGUGGAAGGCAAAACCAACCUUAGAACCAGAUAGGACCAUGCUGUGUGUGUUACAUACAUGUACCAAUGUAGGGCGACACAUCUACAGAUGAUAAUUGUUUUUGUCAUAUUUAUCACGAGAUGAUGUUAAGUAAAUUUUUAGUUUCAUUUGCGUUUUGGUGAGAGUUUAUCAUACUGUAACUCAAAAAUAUUUUCGUGGCAACUAAAUUUCACAUUUUCAUGCUGAAAGAUUUGUUCAUGGUGAUUUUAUUUCGUGAUUUAGUGAUAAAACACCUACUGUACCUGUGAUUGGAACUAUUUUAUUUCGUGAUUUAGUGAUAAAACACCUACUGUACCUGUGAUUGGAACUAUUUUAUUCCGUGAUUUAGUGAUAAAACACCUACUGUACCUCUGAUUGGAACUAUUUUAUAGAGAUUAAUUAUCAUGAAUUGUUAAUUGUCCUCAAAAUAAAAUGAAAAUUAAUUGCACACGUAAAUAAGUGGGUUUACCUUGUGAAUGCACCAAAAUGAAGUACAAAAUUGAUACAACUCUAGGGA